AUUUACCGUACGUUUUUGGGUUUCGGCCUCAUCCCGAACCCAAAAACCCUCCUUCAAUUUCAUUCUCUGUAGGCGGUACUGAAGCAAACCUUCUGGUAAAAAUGGCAAUCGCUGCGGCCUCCGCCGCUACCAGAUCGAUUUUCCGGUCGUCUGUUGCUCGUAGCGCUGCCGCAAGGAUUGCGUCAGAGUCCAAAGCUGCUCGAGCCCCUUUUCGCAUCGCUUCCAGAAGUAAUCUAGCACCACGCAUCUUCAGGUGCCCAGCUGAGUUGAGCGCCUGUGUGUCGUUGCAGCCUUAUCACACGGCUACUGCCUCGGCUUUGAUGACCUCAAUGCUUACAGUUGCUCCCCGCAGCUUUGGUUGGCUUUCCGAAGCUGUCAAUGAUGACGUGUGAUGAAUUUUUGGAGGGCUUUUGAGCCUGCGGUGAUGAUGUAUGAUCCAUAUGUUGUGUGCAAGUUUCCUGCGAGGGUGCUAUCACAGCUUGUCAAAGUCAAACAAAUCACUUCCUCUCUCUCUCUUUUUGUUAACCUUUUC